AUGACAGCCCUAAGCCUAGCUCUGUGUGGCUUUCUGCCAGAUGAUCUUCUAGCUUCAGAGGGAAAGGGCGAAUGGACAUUUGCCUUGGCACGCGGGAUGGGCAGCAAGCAGAAUGAACCUGUUGCGGAUGUACAGUACAAGGCCAUUGGCACUCCCGCUAGCACCCAGCAGCAGGGUGUAUCCGGGCUCGCGGUUGGUGGCUUUUUCCCAAACGGUCGUCCUCCAUGCCCAGCGUCGCACGUAUACAGUAGAGUGGCUCAAAUCUAUCCCGUCUCUACGGAGCACGCUCCAUCAAUCAUGCUUCGUGCUGCUGUUGCUACGGAGCACAGUUCCCGACAAAUUGGUUACCCGCUCUUGGCCCUGACAAUCAUGGCAGCUCCGGCUUAUAAGCGGCGUCGAGCGAAGAAUGCCCCCUUUCCAGCGUCUAGACUCCAAGAAGAGGCUCUCAGCUCGCGAAGAGGACGCCAGGCGCAGUAG